AUCUCAUUCCUUUACCUUUGCUUGAGGUUUCGUUUCGCUUCGCUCUCGAAAUUUUUUAGGGUUCAAGAUAUUGUUGAAUUUUGAUGAUUUGGCUUCGUUUUGAUUGAUAUAAUUGACAAUUUCGGUGACCAAAAAUCAGAAAAUUUGUUGUUCUCGGGGUUCUCUUUGAUCAAUUCUUCGUUAUCGAUCGUCUGGGUUUUCAAGUUUCUUUUGGGAAGUUCGAUCUUUCUGGUUUUCUUGUUCGUCUCUCGUCACCUCGGCGUUUCUCGUUCUGGUUUCGAUUCGCAAGAUGGCUUCUUCUCGUUCCAGGCGUGUGGAGUACGACCGCUUCAUCCCGUUCCGAUCGGCGAUGGACAUGGACUUCGCGCGCUGUGCUCUAACCAUGCCUUCCAGACCUCAGCGUGAUGGUUCGAUAGAAUCCCCAUCGAGUGUGGCGUACCAAAAACUUCUUGUUCAAUGUAUUUUGAAGAACAGAUCUCGCAUCUUCGCAUUCAAGAGUGCACCCGAAUCACCGGCCGACAAGGUGUCCCAAUUUGACGAGGACAAUCGACCGCACAAGAAGCAACAGAGGCGAAUCCCAAAAGAUGCAGAUAGGGUUUUGGCUGCUUAUGAUAUCUUAGAUGAUGAUAGGUUGAAUCUACUCGACUGGGGAAGCAAUAACGUGUUGGCGAUUGGCCUCAAUGACAAAGUGUGCCUAUGGAAUGCUGCGAAUAAGUCUAGUACGGAGUUUUCACGAGCCCUAGAAGACAACAGCCCUGUCACUAGCAUCAGCUGGUCCCCAGACGGCAAAGUUCUAGCUGUGGCAUUAGGCAAUUCAGAUUUAGAUCUGGUUGAUGCAGCAACAAGACGUGUGUUGGUUGGGAUCCAAGGUGACAGCCACUCCUUUGUUUGUUCACUUGCGUGGAGAAGUAAUGCAAUCUUGACGGUUGGGAGAUCCGAUGGUAGUAUUGUUGAUUAUGACAUUAGAAAAGAUGACCGGGCCAUCUGUGACUAUAGAGGGCAUCGACUAGAAGUUUGUAGUCUUAAAUGGUCCGAGUUGUUUGGGCGGUAUCUGGCAAGCGGAGGGAAGGACAAACUUAUGCACAUAUGGGACACCCGCAUGGCUGUUGCAAAUCACUAUCCGCGCCAACAUCAAUUGCUUCACAAGAUCAGCAACCACACUUCCACUGUGAGGGCCCUUGAUUGGUGCCCUACCAGGAGCAAUCUGCUGGCUUCUGGUGGAGGACGCAAUGAUCAUUGCAUUAAGUUUUGGAAUGCUGUUAAUGGUGUUUGCUUGAACUCGAUUGAUACCGGCUCUGAAGUUUGUGCGUUGUUGUGGGACAAGAACAAAUCUGAAUUGCUGACCUCCCAUGGGUUUCCAAACAAUCAACUCACCCUGUGGAAUUACACAUCCAUGACGAGAAAAGCUGAGCUUUUUGGUCAUUCAUCUCGUGUUCUUUACUUGGCUGGGAGCCCAUUGGGAGGUGUAGUAGCUUCUGCAGCAGAAGAUGAGACACUCAAGUUCUGGAAUGUCUUUGAGACUCCCAAACCACCAAAACCUGAAGCAAACACUGUGCCCUUUGCCCAAUUUAGUGUCAUAAGAUGAAAAUGCUGAUGGUUGGAAAAGACUACAAGAUUAAUACGGAAAACUUCUUUAGUACUUGACAAAAAGAUCCAUUGUUGAUAGCGUUGCAUAGAGCAGUUUGUGGCAUCAAAGAGGCAACAUAUUUUCAUACAAGCAUCAUACAUUUAAGAUCUUCAGAUACGAAUGCAAGAGUAUUAAGAUUUUUCUUGCUGAUUAGCUGUUGCAUUGUAGCAGACUAGUAGCAAUUUUCAUGAGAUUGUUAGAGAAGCUUGCUAAGUUUCAUACAAAUGCUCACCAACUAAUGACAUGGCUACUGUUUCAGUAUUUUGAAUUAUGCUGUUGCAGUCAUCUUUCACGAGUUUCAGCAUCCACGUGCUGUAGUUUGAAUCAGCUACUUCUUAAGGAGAUGGGUGGAAAUGGUAGCCUAACCAGAGGCGAAGAAGCUGCUGAUGCUAGCAAGGUAUCUGAUCAAUCAGCUGAAAGGAAAAAAAGUUUGGUGGACUGGAUGAACUUGAUUAAACCUGCUAAUGGGGAGA